CGGGAGAUAGGGGCGGUGUGACCAAGGGCAGGAGGAGGAGGCGAGAACGCAUCUUCCGGGAGAGGAGGAGGCAAAAGUCGUCAUCAGAGAGCUGCGGCCUUGAGAGACAGCAAGGGAUACCGUAAAGAUGCCGGUAGCUGUUGGACCCUAUGGCCAAUCACAACCCAACUGCUUUGACAGAGUGAAAAUGGGCUUCAUGAUGGGGUUUGCAGUGGGUAUAGCAGCAGGAGCUUUAUUUGGCACCUUCUCGUGCUUGAGAGUUGGAAUGAGAGGACGGGAACUCAUGGGAGGAGUUGGAAAGACUAUGAUGCAAAGUGGUGGCACAUUUGGAACAUUUAUGGCCAUUGGAAUGGGAAUUAGAUGUUAACUGUUAAAACAUUCCUGCAUUAUGUAAAUGUAUAAACACAAAAAAAAGACUGUCUUCAUAGAA